GAAAGCAUUAAUAAAAGCAGGCUCACUCGAACAAUAUCUUCAACACAUACAAGCUUACAAUAUCGCAUUAGGUUUUGGCUGGCAGGGCCAAGUCUUUGAAUUUAAUACAACUGUUACGACUAAUACGACAACUCCUGCUGCGGAUGUUAUAAAUAUGUUGGUAGGAAUGGAUGUUGAUAACAGUAUUAAUAAUGUAGCAAGUCAAAAUAAUGAACAAUCAAAAACAAUUCCAGUAGUCUGUUUCGAUACCACAUCUCAUCCGUAUGUAAUGAUGAGUCAGCAAGUAAAUGUGUCGCUUAGCAAUUUAAACUUCACCGAUUCAUUUCAGAAUUUACGUCAACUCUAUGUGAAUAUUGCAUCAUUAAACCUUCCAUCUCAAUGGGACGCUGUUGAUAUUUCUCAUCUUCAUUAUCGAAUUGGUAUUUUGAAUAAUUCCGAGCAUUUCAGAAUAACCGAUGAAUCUGAAUUCGCCCGCUUCUGGGAAACAUUUACUGGUGAUAUUAACAAACGCGACAAGCAAAUUCAGUUGGUGGUAUAUCGAAAAACGAGAAGAUUACACCAUGCAGCUAACUGCUUUAAUAAUAAUAAAUGUCAACCUCAAACCCCAGAAUCAUCAGCUAGUGCUGCGUCUUCUCCACGUCUUAUCGGAUCGACUUCAGAAACAAUCUUAAAGUCCGUAACAAUAAGAUCCAAGUUAAAAAUUUAUAAGCAAAAAAUUGCUAUUGGUGAGAACACAACCUUCGCCUCAUUGAUUGCUUUCGCCACUAACAAAUCAAUACCACCAGUGGGAAAACAACUUGUAAUUCGCUCCAUUGAUGAAACAUUCGAGUAUAUACCUGAUGAUCUGGUAAAAGAAGUGAUAACAGGAAUAGAGCAUGCAGACCUUCUUGUUACGCUGGAAGAUGUUGGUCCUAUUGAUUUCGAUUAUUUUUAG